AUGAAUCUUCCAAUCAUCGGGCAAUCCACGUUCCUUUCCAUUUGGAAAGAGGCUUACAUGUUUCCGGUCCACAAAAAAGGUGACAGGAAGAAUGUUAACAACUAUCGCGGUAUAUCUCCCUUAUGUGCGACUGCCAAACUGUUUGACUCUGCCACGGGAUCUCAAACUGACUUCAUCUACACCGACCUGUCUGCAACUCUCGAAAAGGUCAACCACAAAACAGCUAUCGCCAAACUAGGUCGUAUCGGUAUUCGUGGCUCUUUACUGGAAUGGUUCUAUUGCUACCAGGUAGGACGGAAACUCAUUGUACGAAACGAUCAGGUCAACAGCCACGAAGACUUCUUACAGAUAACUGGAACUGGAUCUGCAUAA